CUUGUGUUCAUCAUCAUGGCUGUCAGAUUCAGGAACCUCUUUGGACUCUUCAUCAUCUUCUUUCUAUCCUUUUUUCCAACUUCUUCCUCUUGUCCUGAUCAUCAAAAGCAGCUGCUCCUGCAAUUUAAGUUGCUCUUCCUCAAAGGUAACACAAACAUUAGCUUAUUAGAAUCAUGGAACUCUACUUCCCACGAUUGUUGUCGUUGGGAUAGAGUCAUUUGCACCUCUGCAUCCCCGUUUAUGAUUGUUGAAUUGCACCUUAAUUCCUUACCACGGAUUCUCCCAAAUUUUUUUGGGAUUUCUCCCUCUGUUUUGGCUCCCCUUUUUCAUAUAUCUUCCUUAAUGCAGCUCGACAUCUCGGGCAAUUUCUUUCAAGGUGAAAUUCCAGCUCAAGGUUUGGCCAAUCUCACUAAUUUGGUCUAUCUUGACAUGAGUUCUAACUCAUUCAAUGCUACCAUUCCCACACAGCUUUAUCACUUGAAUAACCUCAGCUAUCUGUCGCUCUCGUUUAAUAGGCUGUCGGGUUCUUUGGGUCCUGAUAUUCAAUACCUGAAAAGCCUCAUCAGGUUGGAUUUGAGCUUCAAUGCUCUUGGUGGGAAUAUCCCUAUGGAGAUUGGAAACCUCAUCAAACUGGAACAUCUAGACCUUAGCUUCAAUGUCUUCUUCUCUGGUGGAAUUCCCGUGUCAUUUUUGAACUUGACACAACUUCAGGUCCUGGAUUUGACUGGUAAUCAGUUUUCCCUACAGAUUCCAGCUGACAUUGGAUACUUGCCUAAUCUAUCUACUUUGAGGUUGAGCAACAACAAGUUAGCUGGUGAAAUUCCACUGUCAUUGUUCAAUUCGACGCAACUUCAAGUCUUGGAUUUGAGCCAUAAUCAACUUUCAUCGCAGAUUCCAACACAUAUUGAAUGGUUGCCAAACUUGUCUAAAUUGAUUUUGACCAACAACAUGUUGACUGGUGGAAUUCCCCAGUCCGUACAAAAUCUAAGCAACUUAGAGACACUUUAUCUUGAAGACAACUUACUGACAGGAGAGAUACCGUCUUGGUUGUUUGAUAUUAAGACACUGAAGAAUCUGUUUCUUGGAGGGAAUAAAUUGGCCUGGAAAUACAAUAACUCCGUAAUAGAACCUAAGUGCAUGCUGUCCUUCUUGUCUCUGAGAUCAUGUGGUUUAUCAGGAGAAGUGCCGCAAUGGAUUUCAUCCCAGAAUGGUCUCCAAUAUUUGGAUUUGAGCGAGAAUGCACUACAAGGAACAUUUCCACUUUGGAUGGCGGAAAUGCAACUCGUUUAUCUGGUUCUUUCGGGCAACAAUUUCACCGGUUCUCUUCCUCCUCAACCCUUCAAAGACUCCUUGGCGUUCCUUGAUUUAUCGCGAAACAAUUUCUCAGGUGAGUUACCAGAGAACAUUGGUAAUGCCACGGGUAUUAAGGUUCUCAUGCUGUCUAGUAACAACUUCUUUGGGCCCAUUCCUAGCUCAAUGUCUUAUCUGCAAAACCUACAACUGUUGGAUUUAUCAAAUAAUCAGUUUUCCGGCAACACUUUUCCGGUUUUUGGUGAUUCACUUGAACUUGUUAAUUUAUCAUCCAAUGAAUUCUCUGGUGAAGUUCCAGUGAGUUUCUCCAAUAAAACCAGAAUUCUUAUUUUAGGUAACAAUAGAUUCUCAGGAACAUUGCCUCGGAAUCUAACAAAUUUGAUCAAACUUGAACAACUUGAUCUUCAUGACAACAGGAUUGCAGCAGAAUUCCCUAAUCUUCUUACUGAAAUUUCAACACUUCAGAUAUUGAGUCUAAGAAACACAUCCCUUCAAGGUCCUCUACCGAACAACAUAUCCAACCUUGGAAGCCUCCGAAUUCUUGAUCUGUCCCAUAAUAACCUUACAGGAACCAUUCCAGAUGAGCUUGGAAACCUUGCUAAAAUGAUCGAAAAGGCUAAACCAAAUUCAAUCCUGACAUCAUACGCCAUGGCGCCUUUCAUAGCUGCUUCCUCAUUUCAUGUCACGGAUUUGAUUGUAAGUUGGAAGAGAUCAAUGUUAGCAUUGCCAUCAGCUCCAGGCCAUGAUGAUAUCUAUUCUUUGCUGGACAUGUCGGUGAACCGAUUCUCAGGUGAAAUUCCGGCAUCUCUAGGACAGAAUGAGACAGAGGAGGAGUCAAGCUUUUCAGGGACAGGAGCUUUGAUAGGAUUUCCAGUUGGGUUUUGCCUCACCCUGUUGAUUGUAUUUCUAACCGGUUGGUUCCAAGCAACUACAGAAGUUGGCUCAGUUCGCACUCGGCGCCGCCAGAGAGGGACUACUGCGCCAAGUAGGAACAGAGGCAGAUAG